ACAUUACCGGCGGCAACUACACGAACCAGUUUGUGCAGCCGACGUGGCGCGUGGUGCUGUGGUCCCUGGCGUACAGCCUCGUGGUCGUGGUCGCCGUGACCGGCAACCUGGUUGUCAUGUGGAUCAUCCUCGCGCACAAGAGGAUGCGAACGGUCACCAACUAUCUGCUCUUCAACCUCGCGCUGUCGGACGCAAGCAUGGCAUCGUUCAACACGCUCGUCAACCUCGUGAGCGGGCUUCACGGGGAUUGGUACUUCGGCGAGGGCUACUGCAAGUUUCAUAACUUUUUCCCGGUGGCCGCCGUGUUCGCGAGCAUAUACUCCAUGGCUGCCAUUGCAAUGGACAGGUACAUGGCCAUCAUCCACCCCCUGAAGCCUCGUCUGUCGGCCUCGGUCACCAAGGGCGUGUGCGCGUGUGUGUGGGUGAUGGCGGUUACGCUGGCCCUGCCGCUGUGUGUGUUCUCCACCGUGCGCGUCAUGCCUCACAAGAGCGCCUGCCACAUCGCCUGGCCCCGUGGACACGCCGACAUGGUCAUGUAUCACAUCCUGCUGGGCCUGCUGGUGUACCUGGUACCGCUAAGCAUCAUGGGAGUGGCGUACAGCAGGGUGGCGCUGAUCCUCUGGGGAGCUGAGAUACCGGGAGACUCCUCCGAAAACUACCACCAACAGCUGCUCGCCAAGAGGAAGGUUGUGAAGAUGAUGGUAGUGGUGGUGGUGACCUUUGCCCUCUGCUGGCUGCCCUAUCACCUCUACUUCCUCCUGACGGGGCUGAGUCCACGCCUCACGCGCUGGAGGCCCAUCCAGCAGCUCUACCUGGCCGUCAUAUGGCUAGCCAUGAGCUCCACCAUGUACAACCCCAUAAUAUACUGCUGUCUGAACAACAGGUAA